AUGUCGACAAAACAACGCAUAGCCAUCGUCACCGGCGCCAACAAAGGCGUCGGCCUUGCAGCGGUCCGCCAACUCGCCCUCAAAUACCCCACCUCACCCCUAAACACAGGCGGAUCCCUCCUCAUCUACCUCGCCGCUCGCUCGCCUGAGCGCGGCGAAGAAGCUGUGCAGACUUUGCUUGACGAUGCACAGCUCCGUGAGGCUGGAGUUCUUGUGCAGCAGGGCGGGAGCGUGACGGUCAAGUUUCGUGAGUUGGAUAUUGGAUCUGCUGAGAGUGUUGCUGCGCUGGGGGAGUUUUUGAAGAAGGAGCAUGAGAGUGGUGUGGAUGUUGUGAUUAAUAAUGCUGGCAUCGCGCUCAAAGGCUUUGACUCCGCCAUCGUGCGCGAAACGAUUCGCACAAAUUACCACGGCACCCUGGACGUCUGCACCACCCUCCUUCCCCUCCUUAAACCGUCUCCGCAAUCUCGACUCGUGAACGUGGCAAGUAUAUCAGGCAUGCUAGACGCCUAUUCGCCCGCCAUCCAGGCCAACUUCCACGCCGCCGUCAAUAAAGGCUCCAUUCCCGCGGUGACGGCCCUGAUGGAGAAAUUCCAACAUUCCGUUGACGCCGACAGGGUUGAGGAAGCUGGGUUCGUGAAGCGGGCUUAUGGUGUUAGUAAGGCGGGGGUUAUUGCGUUUAGCAAGGUGCUUGCGGAGCAGCAGAGGCAAGACGGGGUGGUGGUGAAUGCGUGUUGUCCUGGGUAUGUGGCGACGAGUAUGACGGAGCAUAUGGACAGGCCUGGAGCGAUUACGCCGGAUGAGGGAGCGAGGACGCUGGUCAUGCUAGCGCUGCAGGAUUUGGAUGGGAAGAGAGGGGAGUUCUGGAGGGAGGAGAAGGUGGUGGAGUGGUGA